AGCUCAUGAGUUGAAUGAGGUGUGAUAAAUGAGGGAGACAUACAAAAUGUGCAGGGUUGGGGGUGCUCCAGGACAGGUUUGAGAACUGGUCUGGCUAUCUUCUUACUAACAGGAAUUGCAGGAUUAAACUAUAGGCUACGUGCACUUGAAUAGGGACUCACCUGUAGCCAACCAGACAGAAGGCAGCGAGAUGAAUUUGGCCUGCGCUCAGCUGUUCUUUGCUGCCGCCCUGUGGACACUGCCGUGCAUGACCGCAGCAGUGGCGAUGAGCGGAGCAACAGAUCUGCUUCAUCUCAAUGAGGUUUCCAUGGAGGCUGUAGUGAGGAACAGCAGCGACACCAGCGCACCUCGAGCGCGGCGGAAACGCUUCAUCUCCAGCAAAGAUAUGACGGCAUUACUGGACUAUCACAACCGCGUGCGCUCACAGGUCUUCCCGCCUGCAGCAAAUAUGGAAUAUAUGGUGUGGGAUGAGAGACUGGCUAAAUCUGCAGAGUCCUGGGCAUCUCAGUGCAUAUGGGAUCAUGGACCGCCUCAUGUCUUGCGGCACACUGGACAGAAUCUGUCCAUUAUCUCUGGAAGAUACAGAUCGAUCGUUGAUCUGGUAAGAUCCUGGUAUGAUGAGAGACACUCUUUCUCCUUCCCCAAUGGAUGCAGUGGCUCUGUCUGCACACACUACACUCAGAUGGUGUGGGCCACCAGCAAUAAGAUCGGAUGUGCUGUCAGAAAGUGUUCAAACAUAUAUGUGUUUGGGAGUACAUGGAAACAGGCCACCUUACUGGUUUGCAACUAUUCUAUCAAGGGGAACUGGGUAGGAGAGGCUCCAUAUAAGACAGGAAGACCGUGCUCCGCGUGUCCCUCAAGCUAUGGAGGAUCAUGCAGUAAAAACCAGUGUGACUCCAGAUCAAAAUCCAGAAGAAAUGCAAGUGGUUUCAGAGGUUAAGGAGUAAAAAAAAAUCCUUUAAAAAUCUCUAAAAAAUUAUUUUAUUUUAUUAAAAAUGUUAUAUAAUAGAAACCACUAAAAUGUAAAUUUCACAAUGCAAAUUAUUCCGUGGUCAUUUUAUAAAACGUAAGUGCUGUAAAAUGUCCAAUUAAUCAAAUUGGUAAAUGUCAAAUUACAUCAACUGUUGUUGUGUUUAUCAUCACCCCCCCAUAGUUGUCAAAUAGUUUUUUAUUACUUUAUUAAGUUGUUUAAUGUUCACCAUUUGUUGUUCAAGGCUAUGGACUGUUUGCACUGUUUUACUUAUAAUUUGUUUGUACUAAGUGGCAUCGCAGUGACAAUUCACAUUGGGAGUUAAGCACUUUCUUUUAUUAUUAAUAUUUGUUUUCUUUUUGUACAUGUAAUAAAUUGUCUUUAGAUUAGGAAAA